AUGGGGCCUCUUCAAGGUCUCUGGGCAUGGCGAACUGGAGAGCAGUGCAUGCCCAACAUAUGGCGCUCGCUUGACGCCAUGGACGACCAGGAGGGAGGCCUCAUAUUCUCCGCCCAACUUGAUCCGAUGAGGGCGGGCUUCGAUCCUACUCUGAUCAGCUUCCCUGUUCCAGCGCUAAUUAGUCGCCUUCUCGGAUGGAGUAACAACAGUGGCCAAGGAAGGCCGCAGGGAUCCGUGAUGGUCGCCGCCGCCGCUGUUGCUCUUUACGUGGCUGCACUCUUUGUUUCUGGUCAGCAGCCUCGCCGGCGACGUCUGGCUGCUUCUGCUGCAGCUAGGCCAACUUCUGCAGCCAGACCUCGUGCUCUCCCUCUGCCUGCGCCGGACGGCGGGCUCCUCAGAAUACUGUCAGGGAAUAAUCACGAAUAUCUGGAGAACGUGGUCCACAGCGCGUCCAUCGGUGCCCGGGACGACGACGAGCCGGUUCCGGUCGCAAGAGUUCAGAGCAUGCUGGACAAGGAGCAGGAGGACGAUGUCGAGCGGUUCAAGGAGUUGUGGCUGUCGCUCGUGGAGCGGGAGCAGAGGCUAGAGCUCCAGCUGAUGCACCUCGACGGCCUUAGAGAGCAGCUCGAGCACCGCCUCAGCGUCGCCGCCCUGGAGACGUGGAUCCUGAAGCUCGAUGCCUUGUUACUCCAUGAGGAGAACGAGAGGCUCAAGGCCCAGGCGGCGGAGCUGGAGGCCGUCCGGGCCCAGCUGGGUCGCGCCAAGGAGAAGCUUCGUGCACUCAAGGAGCGGGUGCAGAUCGAGCGGGAGGAGUCUCAGAGGGAGGCGGCCACGCUCCGGGACAAGGUAAUGCAGCUGGAAAAGACCGGCGAGAACAGGGAAAGGGUGUUGGCUGCGGAGGCGGCGACGCUACGGAAGGCCAAGGCUGGGCUGGAGGAGGAGAACAUGGAGCUUGCUCGGAGGCUGCAGCAUGUGGAGCAGGUCUCCUCCUCUGUUACUAUUAGUCUGGUUGAUGGGGACGACAUCGUGGAUGAAGCAAACUACCUUAGGGAGGCUAACGAGAGGUUGACCAGGCAGAUCGAGCAGCUACGCAGGGACCACUGCGCGCACGUCGAGGAGCUCGUCUACCUCAAGUGGGUCAACGCCUGCCUCCGCCACGACGUUCGUGGCAGAGAUCACCACCCCUCGUCCGCCGAACAAGAUGAGGACGGUGAUGGCAGAGCCAUGACGUCGUCGGCCAUGGAUCUGAGCAAGAGCAUGAGCUACCGCUCCAGCGAGAAGGCCAAAGAGCUCAUGCUGCGGUAUGGGAGCCUCGGCCUGGACGGCCACGACCCCGCGCUCUUCUCGCCUCUCAGCGAGUCGAUAGACCGCGACGGCGAAAAUCACCAGCUGCGUGUUGGAGAUCACGACGAGCCAUGGCGGAGCCCGGUCACUCCGUCAGCAGUCGUGGCCAUACCCCAGAAUCGGGUCGGGAAUGCGAAGCUCAAAUUUGUGAGAAAUAUCAAGAAGCUGCUAGCUAGCACAAGAAGAAGCCACGGCCACAACCGCAGGAGCGAGAAGAAGGCGAUGCGGUGCCUGGCCUCCAGCAGCCACGACGCGCUCUCUGGAGACAGCUCGUACGAAUCGUCGUGCCAGAGCAGCAUGACGACCGUGGACUUGGACGCCCGUGCGCGCUGCGGGAAGGCGGCCGCAGAGGUGCCCGUCGCGUCGAGGCUGGAGGCGGAUACUCAGCUGGCUAGGUCGAAGGGCUACAUGGGUGCGUCGCUCGGGCCGGAGGCGAGAAGCUAUCACGCUCUCCGGCCGGACGGCCCAGCUGGUGUUGGGUCAGACCAGUUUAAUUAG